UGGAUAGAUUUACCCUCCACAACAUCCCCGCUAGACACUGAGUGUAAUUCCAGCUAAUGCGGAUAAUGCCCAGGACACAUUGCGCACGGCGCGCUGCCUGCGACGCACAGCUCUCCUCGGAUUUGGAGGGAGCUGGAGUGUCUCUCACCGGCGCAGAGGGCACGGUGGGUGAGAUUAGAUCAGAAUUAGUGAUUAUCGGCGGAGGCAACAUGUAGUUUGACUUCUUAAAUGAACGAGUCUGGGUGGAAAAAAAAACAACACUUUUUUUCUUCGUCGAAAUGGUGAUUUUCAGCUUCUCGAGCGCCAAAUGAGACACUUGUUGGGUUUACCGGGCGCAGAGGACAGAUGAUGAGAGUCGGAGGUGGAUUUCAGGGGGCUUUUAGCAGAUUGCUGUGGAUCUCUCUCAACGACCGGCUGAUCACCACAGGGAGUCUGAGGUCUGCGCUCUGAAAAUGGAUUCAUACGGAUCUUCACUCAACCGCAGCCAAUCGCUGGCGAGCGGCCUGGAGAAGUCCUCACCGACGUGGAAGCCGACACACUCUCGGAGCAGCAGCACUCUGUCAUCUCGCCACUCCAGACAGAUGAUUAAAGAUUGGGAAGUGAUCGACGACCCUCAGGUAGAAGUGCACACAGGAGGUGACAGUCCUCAUGACAUGACCCUCCCAGGUAUCUGUGAAGGAUAUCUUCUCAAGAGGAGGAAGUGGCCUCUGAAAGGUUGGCACAAGCGAUACUUUGUGCUGGAAGCAGGGAUCUUACGUUACUCCAAACAUCAACACGAUGUCUCCAGGGGGAGAGUGCAGGGCUCCCUCGACGUUAGUCUGGCAGUAAUGUCGAUAAACAAGAAAUCAAAUCGGAUCGACUUGGACGCAGGAGACAUUCUCUAUCAUAUGAAGGCAAAAAGCCACGAACUCUUCUACAUCUGGGUAACGAAGCUGCAAGCCCACCGCUUGUUCAAGAAGAAUGAGACGGCUCACGUUCAAAGCGGCUUCCUCCAGACUCUGUCUGUGGCUGGGCUCGCUCAGAGAAACGGAGAUCUGAACUCUGCGCGCACGGUGGAUUCAGUCGCAGCAUCAGGAAUGCUGCCCUCAGCGAACACCGCUGUGAACAGCAAAGUGUCGGCCUGGCUGCAGCAGAGUCACGACCCGGACAUCUGUGCUCAAGAGCUGAAUCGUUGCCAUUUGGACCUUUCUGAGCUAAACCGCUUAAUCCAGAGCCUGCAGACGCUGGAGACGAGCCAAACUGUCACUAAUGGAGACAUCAGGCGCAUCAUCAGCAUACAGAAUCUUUCUCUUGAGAAGCCGAAGAAGCCGAGGUCUGGGAAGAUGUGGGGCCACUCCCGCACACUGUCCAGAGUGGAGGCCCUGGGAAUGGUAAGAAUGCCUAUUCGUGGGAUUACUAAAUCGCUGUCCUCCAGUCACCUGAGCAGCUCGGCUCACCUCGGCACUUCGGUCCCUUCCAUCCCUGACUACGUCUACGCCCAGCUGUCCCCGUCCACUGUCACGCUGUCGCCCGAGAGCAAGAAACUCCAGCAGGACAUCUGCACCAUGUCGCUACGAGUGCUCGCUUCCCUGAAGUCAGUGCAUGAAACUCUGUCCCAGGAGAGGCAAAAGCUGCAGGAGGUCUUGGAAACCAACAACAUCCACCAGUCAAACACAUUAGCUGAGCCGGCAGCAGCGAGGAACUCAUCCCGAGGCCCCCCUUCGGUCACAGAUUCGGCUGCGGAGUACUUCGACGCCAGCGAUGAUGUUCUUUGUGGUAGUUCCUCUGAGGUCUCUGACGAAUCAGGGCUCAGUGACGGAAGCACCACCAACUCUGAGCCGGAGGAAGGCCAUGUCUCAGCCACCCGGAAGUAUCGCGCCAGCAUCUCCAAGAGUCCCAACAGUGUCGUUCCCAAGAGCACCGGCCGGAGAACCACACUGCCCGCUCACUGUCCCGACAACAGCCACGUGGGCCUCAUGGCUAUCCUCUACAACAACAUAGGUAAAGACUUGGCUCGUGUGUCCAUGCCCGCUGCUCUCAACGAGCCCGUUAACCUGCUGCAGAGGCUGUGUGAAGAGCUGGAGUACAGUGAGCUGCUGGAUACUGCCAACAACACAUCGGACCCCUACCAGAGGAUGGUUUACAUUGCUGCCUUCGCUAUCUCUGGUUACUCCACCGCGACAUUCAGAAACCGCUACAAGCCCUUUAACCCGGUGCUGGGGGAGACCUACGAGUGCAUCAGGGAGGACCGCGGCUUCCGCCUCAUCAGCGAGCAGGUCUGCCACCAUCCACCCAUCUCUGCCUGCCAUGCAGAAUCGGAGAACUUCUCCUUUUGGCAAGACCAGCGAUGGAAGAAUAAGUUCUGGGGGAAGUCACUGGAGAUUCUGCCAACAGGAAUGGUGAACGUCACUCUUCCAAGGUACGGAGACCACUACGAGUGGAACAAAGUGGUGACCUGCAUCCAUAACGUCCUCAGUCAGCAGCGCUACCUGGAGCAUUACGGAGAGGUCACCAUCCGCAACCUCAAGAACAACGUCUGCACCUGCAAGAUCACCUUCGUCAAGUCCCGUUACUGGGGCUCAGACACCAACAAGAACGAGGUGCAGGGCACCGUGCUGGACCAGAGCGGGAGCGUCAUCCACCGGUUCGGAGGUCUGUGGCAUGAAGGCAUCUUCUGCGACACUCUGCCCACUCCGAAAUGUGUCUGGAAGCCAAAUCCUCAGCCGAAGGAUGACGUGCUGUACUACGGCUUCUCCACAUUUGCCAUGGAGCUAAAUGAACUCACCCCGGACCUGAAGCCUCUCCUGCCUCCCACAGACAGCCGCCUGCGCCCAGACCAAAGGAUGCUCGAGGAGGGAAAGGUGGAGGAAUCAGACAGAAAGAAAGAUGAUUUGGAGGAAUUUCAGAGGGAGCGAAGAAAAGAGCUGAGCAAACGGGGUGAAGAGCAUGUUCCACGUUUUUUCAAGAAAGCCAAAGAUUCCUGUGGACGGGACGUGUGGCUGACAAACGGGACAUACUGGAAGCUCCGAGAGAAUCCAGGUUUCGCUAAUACAGAAAACAUAAUUCUGUGGUGAUGGUGAGACGACAGUGACGAGCAAAAUCACACGAAAACACACGAGAGAGACUUAAAAAGUAUCAGUGGUGGAUAUUUGGACAGCAUAUAUGAACCGCUCUGAGACAGAGUGAGGAUUGUGCUGCGGAUCUCUUCUUCGUUCCUUCUGUGUGCCCAUGACUGGCUCAUGGGAACCAGACAGUCACCGGUCAAAGUUCAGCACGGAUCUCAUUAAGAUCAAUUUUAUAAUGCAUUUUAUUUAUUUACAUUUUUUAGCUUACUUCAAACAUCACCUACAUGGAUGUUUAUAUUUUUGAGAAUCUCACUGUUUUCCGCCUCAAAGACUGAACGUGUGACGCACAGCCGGCAGACCUCCCCAACGAUGAGCGGCGUGAAAAUGAAACUGAAAACUCAUUUGAAAGGUCUCGAAGUUGCAUUUCUCUGUUAGGUUAGAACGAGGCCUGAUACGUUAGUGUUUUAAAUGUGAGCAAAUCAAAUCAUAUCAACCUCUCAACCAUUUUACUGCAUUUCAUAAUGAUUACAGUGUGAUAAAUAAAUGUUAUGACGUCACUGAUACGGGCAGGGCUGGAUCACCAAAAACACAAGGUGGACAUUUGGUUUGUGAUAAUUUGAUUUAUUGAACAUUUUAGUCAAACAGUCUACAUGAAGUACGUCACACUAAGUGGCAUCAACAUCUCUUCACUCACCUUCCGAUACCAAGCAUGUAUGGUGCUACCGGACCUUUAACGCAGCUAUAAUUUGCAUUUUUCUUAUAACACUGGUAUCAAGUGAUACUUAUUGUGCUGCCCCCAAGUGGACAAAACAAAAAAAAUCAGUUUAAAGCAGGUCCUGCAUUGUCGCCUCUUGUCAAAUGAAUGAAUAAAAUGUCCAUACAAAUUAUUACAAACCUGUUAUAAAGCUCCCUUCGGUUGCUCCGCCACAGCAUCACGCCGCCUGUCCCAUGGUGCACCUGUGCUGACGUGACGCAGAUGGCGUGCUCUGACGUGGUAUCUGUGGCUUUCACAUUUCUAAGAGCCGAGUGUGACGCUGAACACGAUCACCUACUUCACAGAGGAUGUUUUAUAGAUGAAGUCUAAGACAGUAUCUGUCUAAACUCCUUCCUUUGGUCACUGCUGACACACGUGUAGAUCACAUGACGGUGCGACGUCUGCAGAAACAUUCUCCUGUUGUUGUUGUUUUUUUUAUGUAUUAUUUUAAAAAUAAUUACCAACAUUCAGUAAAUGCACAUAUUUUAAGCGAGGAGAGAAGAUGUGUUACUGUAUUUUUAUGUCAUUAAUAGUUAAAGAACAUCCAGCUGGUUGGAAACGUGUACAUACUGCAUUAAUUAAACAGUUGACAUCACAAGUGUGUUUUUAUUUCUGAGUGGUGUCAUUUAAUUUAUUAUAACUGCACGUCACUGCAGAUUAACACAUCCAGCAUACGCA